AUGUGGUACUUGAUCGAUCAAGAAGGUGUUUUAUAUUUUCAUUCAAAAUAAAGUAAUCAUCGAUGACAAUGUCAUUUAUUUCUUUUUAAUUUUAGGUCAUUACGUGUAUCUAAAACCAAGCCAAGAAACAGUAAUCGGCAGAAAGAAAGGUGGCAUUAUUUUAUCGAAUGAUAGAUCAAUUAGCAAGGAACAUGCUUUAAUCAGCGUCACACAAUUAAGCGAAAUAAAGAGUAACGAACCCACAUCUACGUGUCAAUUAAAAGAUUUAAAGUCGAAAUAUGGCACUUUUAUUAUUCGCGAGGAAGAAAUAAUUCAAAUAACUGAAACUGAAUAUAACUUGAAGCAUCAAGAUAAAAUAAGAUUCGGUUUACAGCAUCAUAUAUUUAAGGUAAUGAAUACAUGUAUAAUAACAAUAACGUCCAAUUUACACAACGAAGAAGUAGAAACGCUCAAAAAUUUGAUGGAAGAAAUCGACGGUGUGAUUAUCGAUGACAACACUUGGAGAAGGGCAUCUACUUAUUUAACAGUAGGGAAAGCUGUUUUAACGCUAAAGCUCGCUUGUGCCAUGGCAUCUGCCUUGCCAAUAGUAACUAUGAAGUAUUGGGAUGAAGUUAAAUUUGCAGUAAAAAAUGGCCAACCGCUUCCAGACCCGAAUAACUUUUGAAAAUGUUAUUAAAUAUCGUUAAUAAGGAACAUAUUUCAGGUGGAGAAUCAAAAUUAUUUUACAGAGCAGGUUUAAUAACUGCAGAACUUUGUGCCCGCAAUAUAAUUGCGUUGCAGUAUCCAGACAGUAGCAUGACACAAUCCGCCGACAUUAUUUUUUCCGAGUAUAACUUGAUAAAAAAUGCACUUCAAACAAAUGAUCGUAGAAUGAUAUCAGAAGCUGAGAUUCCUCUUGCAAUAUUACAUUGUUCGACGGAAAAAUAUUGCAAUCCAAUGUAUAAAUUCGCGAAACUCUUAAAAAGACGAAAACCAAAGUGUGACUCGUCUGAAAUUUCAAAUCUUGAUACGCAAAAUCUGACAUCCAAUGUAGACUAUAACAUUCCGGUAUCUAUGAAUAUAAAACAACGUCGUAUUAUUCCUGAAACGUCGAAUAUCAAUAGUCAAGAAUCACUACAAAGUGUAGAUUUUGUUGUCGCACAAGCUAAGGAAAAGGAAAAUUACGACAAGUUGCGCAAUUGUGAUCACACGAGCAUGAAACAACAUAUCAUUCCUGAGACAUUGAACAUCAAUAGUCAAGAUUCAUUACAAAGUGUAGAUUUUAUCGCCGCACAAGCUACGGAAAAGAAAAAUCGCGACAAGUCAGGAAAUUGCGACUAUACAAACAUAAAACAACAUGUUAUUCCCGAAACAUUGAAUACCAUUAAUAGCCAAAAGUCGGACGUACAAAAAUCAGAUAUAGAUUUUGUUGCGACACAACCUGCGAAAAAACAAAAGUCACAUUACAUCGAAGAAACUCCAGAAAAUGACGUUUCAGUUGCAAACGUUCAAAUUACGCAAUCUUCUAACAAAGACAACUCUACUUUUGAUAACGUAUCAUUACAAACCACACAAUACUCCAAUGAUAAUCAGAAUUUACAUAAUAAACACAAAAAUAUACAAGAUGAGGAACAAUUACAAAAACUAACAACUUUAAAUGGUAAUAAAACCGAACCGAGCAAAGUAAUCGAGCCAAAUGAAAAUAACAUUAGAAAUUCUAAUAAAGAUCUGACACACGAUGAUUCAGACGAUCUAACGAGUAAUUCAAGGGAUAAAAAUAGGGAAAAGCAAUCGACAACUUGCUCGAUUGACACUCGUAUAACUGCGGAAAAUUUGAAAGAAACAAUAGAAUCACACUCGAGUAUAUGUGAAAAUAGUACCGUAAGUGUUCCGUCAUCAAUUUACCAAAUAUACAACUUUUAUUUUAAAAUUUUAAGAAAGAAAGUUCUACCAUAACUAUGCAAUUUUUGUUCAAUUUUAGGAAGAAGGGAAGGAAAGAGAAAAUUUUGCAACUUCCACGGAGGAAAAUGAAUCAUCACUACUUCGAGUUAAUUGUAUUUAUAAAACGUUCAAAAAGGUAAAUUCUAAAAUAUCUUCGAGCAAUUGUCUGUCAAAGAUAAGGAACGAACUAUUAACAUAAUAUGUAUCUUUUGUUUUUAUAAUUUAGGCUAUCGCUACAACUCCUCGACAAAGGAUAAAUAUCGAUAAUAUGUACGUGUGGAACAAAUGGGAUUCACGAAAUAUGUAAUUUAUUUAUUUAUAUAUAAAAUGUGUGUGUCAAAAUAUAUGUAUAUGUAUAUAAUUGUAUGUAUAUAAGAAUUGUAACAACGUCGAAAUGAUAAUUAUUAGGUAUUGAUUAAUUUUAUUCGCAAGUAGUGGUGCAAGCUGUCCUGAUUUAGGCGAUUGUGACGCCAUCUGUUGAUAUAUCGGCGGUACUAAUUAAUUUCAAAUAUUCUUAUUUCUGCAUUUUCUGCAGUUCAAGUUGGGUACCAAAUUAA